AUGCACUUGGUCACAUUUUUCACCAAUAUCAUUGGUGUGGUGACCAUUGGUCUUCUCUCUAUAGUUUCCAUUUUGGGCCUGAUUUGCCUGAGCCGAUCGACAUAUUUUCAGUUGUGGAUCAAGAGGAGUGGUUAUCAACGGCUUAGCUACUUCAACGGACCGUGGCUGACACGGAUAACAUUAAUAUUGGUUGCAUUUUGGUGGGGUAUUGGAGAGGUACUUCGGCUCACUUUUGUGAAUGGAGAGGGAAGAUUCACUUCUAAUUUGUCAUGGCAAGAGAAUAUAUGCAAAUUCUAUAUCAUCUCAAAUUUGGGGUUCGCAGAGCCAGGCUUGUUCUUGUUACUUGCUUUUCUUCUCAAUGCAGCUUUGCAAAAGCAAGAGCUUGGUACAUUAAAUCAGAAAUGGAAUCAAAAGACUAUUCGUGCCAUGUUUCUUAUUUGUAUUCCUUCCCUUGUUUGGGAAGCUUGUGUGGUAUUCAUCGGUCCUCAUGUUGCUUCAAAUAAUGACCAGACAUCGAAGCUCGCAAACUACUGGUUUUCGGCCUCGGCAGUCCGCAAUGGAAAUAUCGCAUGCACAUACCCAUUGCUGAGCAGUAUAUUUCUUGGGGCAUUUUAUAUCACCUUAACAAUUUAUAUGAUAUCUGUUGGAAAUCAGAUGUUAUCUUUGGUGAUCAACAAAGGGCUUCGACAGAGAAUAUAUAUGCUAAUAUUUGCCACAACAAUACUGCUUCCUCGGGUUAUACUUCUUGGGCUUUCUAUUGUUCCAUGGCCAGGUGAAAUAGCACAUGAAUCUCUCGUGUUUAUCUCCUUCAUGAUAUUAAUGCUUGCUGCCACGGUUGGUAUUGUGAUUCUGGUGUACUUUCCGGUUGCUGAUACCUUUGCUAUAGCAGAUCAAGAGCAUGUUGAGAUGCAAGCAAGUCAUACUAUUAUCAUAUGACUCUUAGCUUUGUACAUUCAACUUAUUUCUUGCUAUCUUCAAGGACAAAUAUGGCGGUUUUCUUGGUUGCUUCUGUGGCAUGCUACUUGUCAAUCUUGAGGAUGUGCUGAGAUUUUGUCAUGUAGGUGUUGUAAACAUAGAAUCAAUUAAAAUAGGGGUAACAUUCUUAUGUUCUUUGAUUCUUUUUGUCCUUUUCUAAAAUAGUUUCUGUGAAGGGGAGAAAAUUCUUAUGUUGUAAACUCAAGUAGGUGUG